AUGUCAUCUCUACCAAGGAGGGUGAAAUCUGAAGCCAAAGCCCUUACAUCAGAAGAUGAUGAGCUACCUUCAUUUCUUAACUCAAGCUCUGAAUCAGAGGAGGAAGAGGAGGAGUGGGAGCCAAAAAGCAAGAUCACCAAGAGACCUCGGUUGCCAAAGAAAAAUGAGGCAAAAACUAAAAAAGUUGCUGCUCCACGGUCAGCUGUGGCCAGGAAAAAGGUCAAGAAGGUGGCAAUAAAAGAGGAAAUGGAUGUAUCCUUUCCUAUUGCUCCUGCAGAAGACAAUAGAACGCAGUUUCUAAAACCUAAGGAAGAAGAUGUAGGCACUGAACCAAAAACUUUAAAUCAAAAGCCAGAAGUGCCUAAAAAAAUGGAAAUAAAUUCAUUCCAAGGGAAGAACGUAAAGAGUUUUGAGAGUGAUGAAAAACCCUCAACAAGCGUUCCUGUAGCUGGAAAUCAAGUGAAACAUGAGAAAUCUGAGGAGGAUUUUGCAUUUGAUGAACCACCUUUUAAAAAGAUUAAGUCGACUGCAUGUCCUGAAGGAAAGCCAGUUAAAAAUCUAGGAGGCAACAAAGUAAAAGAAGAAUUUGAAAUGAACUGGGAUAUUGUACAGGCCUUGUCAGAAAUAACAAAUGUUGAGCCAUGGGUAUGUGCAAACUUAAUUCGCCUCUUUCAAGAAGAAAACACAAUUCCUUUUAUCGCUCGGUAUCGAAAAGAGCUCAUCAAUAAUCUGGAGGCUGAUGCCUUGCGAGAAGUGCAACAAACAUUGGAGGAGCUGCGUACUGUUGCAAAGAAGACGCAUACAAUGAUACAGAAGUUGAAGAAAGAAGGGAAAUUAUCCGGGUGUCUCUUAACAGCAUUAUUAAAUUGCAGAACUCUGGAAGAAUUAGACCAUGUGUCUGCACCUUACAAAACUGGGAGUAAAGGCACCAAAGCCCAGAGGGCCAAACAGCUGGGAUUAGAACCUGCUGCUCUCUCCCUCCUGCAGAAUCCUAUGGAACUCAAUCUCUUUUCUUACAUUAGACCUAAUACCAAAGGUCUUUCAACUAUCCAGGAAGUAGAGGCUGGAGUACAGCAUAUUUUAGCUGACAUCUUCGCUAAAGAUAAAGAUACACUGGAUUUUAUCAGGAAACUAUGUCAGCAGAGGUACAUUUGUAUCCAGUCAGCCUUGGCAAAAGUGUCGUCCAAAAGUGGAAAUGAAAAAGAUAUCGAUAAAUUCCAACUGUACCAUGAGUUUUCUUGUAAUAUAAAGAACAUACAGCAUCAUCAGAUUCUGGCCAUUAACCGAGGGGAAAAUCUGAAGAUCCUGACAGUGAAGGUCAACAUUCCUGACGGGGUGAAGAAUGAAUUCUGUUGGUGGUGUGUCAAUGAAAGAUGGAGACCAAAACAAUUUUUAAAACCAGAAUUAAUGAGGAUACUACGGAAUUCAGUGGAGGAUGCAUAUAAACGCCUGAUCUAUCCUCUCCUCUGUAGAGAAUUCAGAUCAAAGUUGACAUCUGAUGCAGAGAAAGAGUCUGUGAUGAUGUUUGGGAGAAACCUCCGGCAGUUGCUUCUGACUAGUCCUGUGAGGGGCCGAACUUUGAUGGGAGUAGAUCCUGGCUACAAACAUGGCUGUAAGCUGGCAAUUAUUUCACCAACCAGUCAGAUACUCCAUACCGAUGUCGUUUACUUGCAUUCUGGUCAAGGGUUCCGUGAAGCUGAGAAGAUAAAGAGGCUUCUGCUACAGUACAACUGUAGCACUGUUGUGAUUGGCAAUGGCACGGCCUGCAGAGAAACAGAAGCUUACUUUGCUGACUUAAUUAUGAAGAAAUAUUUUGCGCCACUGGAUGUUGUUUACUGGUAA